UCCGGCGUGGCUGGCUGUGCGUGCACUGCGCCUGCGCGGUGUGCUGCUGUGUAGCCGGCGCUGUUAGCUUAGCGCUCAGAUUUCCGCGUUUUCCCGAGUUCCGAGUAAAAAGCGGGUCGGGUUCGGGUUCAGACGGAGAACCGAGGCGUGUUCCCGCGGCGUGGGUGGAUGUGUGAGUCGGACACGGCGCAGAGACGGACCGCAGGAGAGGAACGGCAGCCGGAAUGAACCAGUUCGAGCAGUUGAAGGAGGAGGAGGUGGAGGAGCAGGAGGACGUGGGAUGCGUGAGGGAAGAGAGGCGCGAGUCGGACGGCAGCAGCACUAACCGGAGAAAAACUAUAACUCCAGGUCCAGGUGAACACCCCCUGCAGUACAACUACACCUUCUGGUACUCCCGCCGGACCCCCAGCAGACCCGCCAACACACAGAGCUACGAGCAGAACAUCAGACAGAUCGGCACCGUCGCCUCGGUAGAGCAGUUUUGGAAGUUCUACAGUCACCUGGUCCGACCGGGGGAUCUGACGGGACACAGUGACUUCCACCUGUUCAAGGAGGGCAUCAAACCCAUGUGGGAGGACGAGGCCAAUAAGAACGGCGGUAAGUGGAUCAUUCGGCUGCGUAAAGGUCUGGCGUCACGGUUCUGGGAGAACAUCAUCCUGGCCAUGCUGGGGGAGCAGUUCAUGGUGGGAGAGGAGGUGUGUGGAGUGGUCGUCUCCAUACGCUUCCAGGAGGAUAUUCUGUCUAUCUGGAAUAAAACGGCGAAUGAUCAGGUGACCACGUCCCGUAUCAGAGACACACUGCGGAGGGUCCUGAACCUGCCCCCCAACACCAUCAUGGAGUACAAGACCCACAACGACAGCCUCAAGGAUAACUCCAGCUUCCGUAACACGAAGAUCACGUUGUGAAGGGACACACACUCUUCACUCAGACGGACUGACACCCCCCCCCCCCCCACCCCCAUCACAAUCCCACACUCGUUUCCUCUGUGCAGGAGAGAGCAGUGUGAUCUGUCGUUCCUGAGGAGGAGAGGAAAUGCAGGAACAGACUCCUCCUCCUCCCCCUCCCAACAUUCCAGAGCUGUACAAACUCCACCUUUUCUAACUCUGUUCAGUUUCUACUGUUUCAGUCUGACUGUGUUUUUUUAUUUAACAGUAAACGGCUCCACGACGGCUUGAAUUAA